UAGAAACAGCCCCAUUCCUCUGUCUCAAGGUAUAGGUGUAGAUAACUUGAGCAGCGACAGCUAUUUAUCAAUGUACUGACAUGCUUCUGCUUACGAGAACGAUGAAGCACAGCUUGCAUUUAUCAAACGUCAGUUUUUAAAAUAAACAACUACAUACGUCACUGUUGAACAAACAUCAACAACACUGGGGAUUUUGGGAUUUCCUUCAAGUUUUACCACUUGUUUCCACGAAGACACGUUAAAGACCGGGUGCUUUUGAUUAUCAAACUCAGUUUUUCAGCGAUGGAGUAUAAAGUUGAGGCGCAUCGGAUUAUGAGUAUUUCACUGGGGAAAAUUUAUAACUCCCGAGUGCAACGCGGUGGGAUCAAACUACACAAAAAUCUACUAGUCUCCCUCGUUCUACGGAGUGCCCGGCAAGUAUAUUUGAGUGACUAUUACGGCGGGAUAUGCUUAAGCGCCCAACAAGCAAGAGCGUGGUGUGAGGGGGAGUACAUGGACUCAGAACAAGACAAAUCGGUCCCCGGUUCGACGGACAACCGGCCUGAAUCAGAAGUACAAAACGAGGUGGCUGUAGAUAAAAGGGAGCCCAGCGAUGUGGUUGAUUGCCCCACGAAACGGCAUAUAGAAGCGCAAACUAGUGGCAAGCAAGAAAACGCCGAUAACGGAGUGUCGGAUUCAGGAUGCAGCGACCUCAAAACCCCGGAAGAGAGCCCGGAGGCUAAUCAAACGUGUAAGAUAUCCAGUGUUGAUGUUACCACUGUCACACCUGACUGUAUUAGUAUUCAUUCAACAAAUGUUACAAAAGAAACCACAAAGACACAAAUCGACUGCCAGACGGGCGAAAUUAAAUCAGCGGAGGAACAUUCGCACGAACCCAAACCCCCCCAGGCAUGUAUCACCAGGAAACGGAGUGCAGACGACUGUGAACUCGUAGACUCACCAUCCAAAAAAACUAAAGUGUUGAACGCCUCUUUACCGUCUACAAACGGCGAGAAGACCGGGGACGCUGAAGAAAUGGACACUAGUAAUGUAUCGAGUUUAAUAACUAUAUUCGGAUCCAGUUUUUCUGGACUCUUGAGUAGUAAAGACGGAGCGGAAUCUGACUCCGAGACAGAGGACAGUGACUCAGGGCAAAUCUGUUGUGAUCAAAUGCUUAAAAACCUCAACCCUUGGAGUACAGCAAUAGUAGCAUUUUAAACUUUAAAACUAGUUUUGAUCUGUAAUUUGGGUUUUUUAAUUAAGAUAUCACAAGUUCAGUUCUAGGCUACCCGACAAACACGUGGUGGAAUGUGAGGGACUCAAGUAGUAAAACUGGAAUUCCCCGAACAUGAAAGUAGGCCUUUUGUUGCCUGGCACUUCUGUACACGGAACAUGUCCUGUUCGAAGACUGAGCAAGAAUGCCUUCAGAACUUAGACGAAGAGUGAUACAAAUAUAACCAGUUUCUCAUGAUGGUCAACACUCUGAAACAUGCCUCCAUACAAGGCGUCUACAUGUUAUCAAGUUCAAAAUAUCAGUUGUUGAAAUGUAUCCAUGAAACGUGAACGUAUGUUGGUUGAUAGGCCCAUUCUUAUGUUUUUUGUUUACUAUGACAAUUACAGGACUGAAUGUGACCACUGCUGACGCCGUCUGUUGACAUACAUAUGACAGGUCACGGUUUCCAAUUGUCUUUGUUUUAAAAAGACUUGUACAUUUGUAAUAUGGUGCCUGUAAAUACUGUUCCCAUGUCUUAUUAUGAAUAUGUAUUUUGGCAUCUGCCAUGGAUUAUAAUUGCGUGAUGCUCACGUAUUAAAACAUUUUGUCUAACAAUUCA